GCGGAGCGCGGCCUUCGCCCCGCCCGGCCCGCAGCCGAAGGGCCCCUGGCUCCGCGCUGCGCGCCUUCGCCAUUGCUAUGGCCUUCGCCAUCCGCCCCUUCGUGCGUGCGGCCUCCUCCUCCGCCACCGCCGUCACGGCGGCCGCCAAGAAGCUGAUCGUCAAGCACGUGACGGUCAUCGGCGGCGGCCUCAUGGGCGCCGGCAUCGCCCAGGUUGCAGCAGCAAGUGGUCACACUGUGGUGUUAGUAGACCAGUCAGAUGAAAUCCUUAAGAAAUCUACGAAGGGAAUUGAAGAGAGUUUGAAGAGAGUGACUAAGAAGAAGUUUGCGGAUAAGCCUGAGGCUGGUGCUGAGUUCAUUGAGAAGACUUUAAAGAACCUCACAACAAGCACAGAUGCAGUAGCAGUGGUUCACAGCACAGAUCUGGUGAUUGAAGCCAUUGUGGAGAAUCAGGAAAUUAAAAAUGAACUCUUCAAGAGGCUGGACAAGUUUGCUCCAGAGCAUACAAUAUUUGCGAGCAACACUUCAUCCUUACAAAUCACGCAGUUGGCUAACUCAACCACCAGGCAGGACCGAUUCGGUGGCCUCCAUUUCUUCAACCCUGUGCCUAUGAUGAAGCUUGUGGAGGUCAUCAAGACUCCAAUGACUAGCCAAAAGACUUACGAGUCACUUAUGGAUUUCAGUAAAGCAGUAGGAAAAAGUCCUGUCAGUUGUAAGGAUACUCCAGGUUUUAUUGUAAACCGUCUCUUGGUGCCAUAUAUGAUGGAAGCUGUUCGACUUUUUGAGAGAGGAGAUGCAUCAAAGGAAGAUAUUGAUGUUGCUAUGAAGCUUGGGGCUGGCUAUCCCAUGGGUCCAUUUGAACUGCUGGACUAUGUUGGUUUGGAUACCAGUAAAUACAUUAUAGAUGGAUGGCAUGCACUAGAGCCCAACAAUCCUCUUUUUCUACCCAGCCCACUCCUGGAUAAACUGGUACGAGAAAAGAAGCUGGGUAAGAAGACUGGAGAAGGAUUUUACAAGUACAAAUGAACUUAAACCUCGAGGGGUGUUAAACUAUCUCUGUAUGCUAUUCAGCAUUGCAAUACUACAGGUGAAUUGUUUAAACCUUCCUAAAGGUGCAUUUAGAACAUAACUCACCUCUGAAUGGAGUGAUUGCACUAGAUAACUAUCUCUCUGCUGACAGCUUGAUUUGGUAGAUUAUUUUUCUCAUAAUUCUGAAAAGCUUUAUAUGUACAGUGCCUUCAUGCAGAUGUUGAUUGUUCAGGUGCAGGAGAGAAUGAUAAGUGAAUUUAUGUAUUUGAAGACGAUAUGUUAAUGGGAAAAAUUCAAAAAAUAACACUUUCUUGAAAAUAAAAUUUUCAACAAUUCUGUA